UUUUUUUUUUUUUUUUUUUUUGGGUUAGAGCUUGCAAUUCAAUGGUUUACUUGUGUGAGAAGUUGUCACUUGUGAAUGAGAUGUACUUUGCUAUCACUCUGGAUCGUAAAACUGCUGGUCCACUCAUAAUUGCAUGUAGAAAGGGAGGCACAAGCAUCGAAGAUCUUGCGGAGAAAUACCCUGACAUGAUUAUUAAGGUACCCAUUGAUGUUUUCAAAGGAAUCACUGAUGAAGAUGCUGCUAAGGUUGUGGAUGGUUUGGCUCUGAAGGUGGCAGACAGAAAGGAUUCAAUUGAACAAGUGAAGAAGUUAUAUGAACUUUUCUGCAAAUGUGACUGCACAUUAUUGGAAAUCAAUCCCCUGGCAGAAACCUCUAGCAACCAGCUAGUGGCAGCUGAUGCAAAGUUGAACUUUGAUGAUAAUGCUGCUUUUCAUCAAAAGGAGAUAUUUACUCUCCGUGAUCCAACCCAAGAGGAUCCUCGUGAGGUGGCUGCUGCCAAGGCAGAUCUAAAUUACAUUGGCUUAGAUGGAGAAAUUGGCUGCAUGGUCAAUGGUGCUGGGUUAGCAAUGGCUACAAUGGAUAUAAUCAAAUUGCGUGGGGGAACUCCUGCCAAUUUUCUGGAUGUUGGUGGUAAUGCUUCUGAAGGCCAGGUUGUUGAGGCAUUUAAAAUACUUACUUCUGAUGAGAAAGUAAAAGCAAUUUUGGUGAACAUUUUUGGAGGUAUCAUGAAAUGUGAUGUGAUUGCAAGUGGAAUUGUCAAUGCUGCUAAACAGGGAUGGCAAUUCUCCCCGUUCCCCGUUGAGCCUCAUGGGGAUCCCUACCACAGCUUGCUGUCGAAUUCAUCUCCUCUGCUACUGUUGAAGCCAUCUACUCUGCUGUUGAUCGAUCCAUCUGCUUUCCUGCUGUUGCUGAAGUCAUUUGCUUUGCUGCUGUUGCUGUUGAAGCUUGCUGCCAAAUCCAUCUCCUCUGCUGCUGCUGAAGCCAUCUACUCUACUGUUGCCGGAUCCAUCUGCUCUACUGUUGCCGCCAGAGCCAUUUGCUGUUGUGGCCGGAGCCAUCUUCUGCUGUGGCCAGAGCCAUCUGCGAGCAAUCUGAUAUUAAUUGGUGGAGAAUGGGGAUCAUCGCGAGGAUCCCCAUUUCUCGCAAGAAACAAGGACGGGGGGCAAAAUCUGCCCCCCAUCAAAAUCUUCACAGGGAUCAUUGUCCCAUGAUUGAUGGAGAAGGACUCCCGAUCCCACGAGACCCGUUGAUAUCCCUACAUAUGCGCCAUAUUUGCAUAGGUUUAAAUGACUAAAGAUAAUCCUUAUGCUUGCCAUAAGAAAAACACUUCCCUACCCCACUGCUUUUUGCAUUGGAGUCUCCCAAAAAAACCUAGUAAAAAGAAGUUUAUCUU